UCCGUCUCCCUGGCUUUUGCUGCAAAGAGAGUUUGUGGUGCAGUAGGACGACAAAGUGGAGCUUUUACUUUGCUUUUGUGGGUCGUCAGGGGUGGGAGAGUGAGAGAGUUUGUUGAAGUUCAAGCUUUCAGAAAGCAAAGGAAGAUAAUGGCUUUUGCAGUGAAACUCCCAGCGAAUACUAUCAGCAAUUGGCACACUAAAACAAUCAAACCCAACCAAAGAUGUUGUUCAGUUACCAUCCCACAUUCUUCACUUUCAUCUUUCUCCAACUUCCCCAUUAUGGUAAAUAGUUGUACUGGCAAAAUGGGAAAGGCUGUUAUAAAAGAAGCAGAUUCUACGGGACUUAAUGUUGUUCCUGUAUCAUUUGGCAACGAAGAGGAGUCUGGGAAAACUGUUCAAGUAUGUGGAAAGGAUAUCACUCUGUAUGGUCCUUCUGAAAGAGAAAGCAUCCUUGCAUCUGUGUUUGAUGAACAUCCAAAUCUGAUUGUGGUGGAUUACACCGUGCCUUCUGCAGUGAAUGAUAAUGCAGAGCUGUAUUGCAAAGUUGGAGUGCCCUUUGUGAUGGGAACCACUGGUGGGGACAGGCCCCGAUUGUAUAGGACUGUAGAAGACUCCAAGGUCCAUGCAUUGAUAUCUCCACAAAUGGGAAAACAGGUCGUUGCAUUUCUUGCAACCAUGGAAAUCAUGGCUGAACAAUUUCCUGGUGCUUUCUCUGGGUAUACCCUUCAGGUGAUGGAGUCUCACCAAGCAAGCAAAGUAGACGCAUCUGGAACUGCCAAGGCUGUCAUUGGUUUCUUUGAGAAAUUGGGGGUCUCUUUUGAUAUGGAUCAGAUACAACUGAUCCGGGACCCUAAGCAGCAGAUAGAGUUGGUGGGAGUUCCAGAGGAGCAUUUGUCUGGCCAUGCAUUCCAUAUGUAUCAUCUUACUUCACCUGAUGGAACAGUUUCUUUUGAGUUUCAGCACAAUGUCUGUGGUAGAUCGAUAUAUGCUCAGGGAACUAUUGAUGCUGCGCUUUUUCUUGCUAAGAAGGUUCAUGAAAAAGCUGGAAAAAAGAUAUUCAAUAUGGUUGACGUCCUGCGAGAGGGUAACAUGCGAUGAUAAUUGGCUUUGCCUGCAGGCUGUUGUUUGAACAUUAGCAUUCUAGCGUCUCCACAUAUUUAGGUUGAUUUUUGGUCAACAACUUUUCCCCCUUGUACUAUUUGUUCCUGUUCUACAUCAUUUGUACAUUGGCAUUAGCUAAGUUUGAGAAAUGCUUGAACUAGAAUUUUCUAUGCUGAAUCUUUAUACCCAAAGUUUAGAACUUUGUAGAUCUCUGCUAAGUUAGGUUGUUCACUACCGGUGAUUUGUUAUGCUAUACUUUUCGAGUAAUAUUACAGGCAUAAAAAUUUAGUUUUAUCAAAUUUUGGUUAUCAAGGCAUAUGUAAAGCAUGUAAGUUAGUAAAAAUAAAUUGGAUCCGAUGGAAGCCAAUAAAAUAUUUUGA